AUGGUGGAUUACCAGUGGGCGGGUAAAGAAAUUGGAAACCCCAACCCAAACCCACGCUUUGCGAGGUCUAUGUGUCAGAACUCGGAAAUCACAUGUUGUCACUACGUCAAAAAGGUCCACAUCUUACUUGUAUGGGUCACACCAAUUCAAGAAACUGCGGGUGCUGGAGAAACAGGGAGCACAAUCCAGUGGCCAGGCACCAGGUCUGCCGAGGUCGCCUCACACCAAGAACGCACAUGGAAAACAACGUACGUUGCCGGCGAAGACGACGAAGCAUGUCGUCGCGACCCAAACCUGUACGUGUACGACCUGCCGGAGUGA